AUGUCAGAUUUAGGAAGAAAAGAUAUUGGUGAUAAAAUUGAAUCAGCAAUCAAGCCAGAUUCUGAAAAAUCAACCGGUGAACACUUGAAAGAUACAGUUACAGGUAAAGCUGACAACCUUGCAGGUAAAGGUCAAUCUGACAAUGACAAGUCAUGGACUCAAAAGGCUUCUGAUGCUGUUUUUGGUUCAGACAACAAAUAG